CGGUUCUCGGCGUUCAGAUAUCUGCCGAUCGCCGACGCGUCGGUCAUUAUAUUCUCAGUUCCCGUAUUUGUCUCACUGUUUGCCUGCAUUUUCCUUAAAGAGUCGUGCGGUAUAUUCCAGACGAUAACAGUGAUGCUGACAAUGUUAGGCCUGUCGCUCACCACCAAACUGCCCAUUAUUUUCGGCUCCGACGGCGAUAUUAACGUAAACUCGCAGUUCGUGAACUCAACCACACACUCAUUGCUGGUUAACAUGACGGUUGUGUCGGACAGUCGGCACGAGUUGAUGCAAACCCAGAAGUUACACCACCUCUACGGCGUGUUGUCUGCGUUGACCUCAACUAUAUUUGCCUCAUCUGUCUUCAUAUUCAUUAGGAAAGCCAAAGGCGCUCAUCACUCGGUUAUAAUGUUUAACUUCGGUUGGGUGGCUAUCGUAGAGACCGUCAUCAUAACGGCUCUAAUGGACGGCUUCUCAGCGCCUAAAACCUUAACCGAGUGGCUGUUAAUCAUAUUAUUGGGGAUCUUCUCGUUUUGCGGGCAAAUACUACUGACCCGGUCGUUGCAGUUGGAACAGGCGGGCCCCGUGUCAGUUGUCAGGGCGGCCACCGAUAUAGCCCUGGCCUUUGUCUGGCAGUUGUGGCUAUUCAACGACGUGCCAGAUAUCUGGUCGAUAACCGGUGCCUUUCUGGUGACCAAUUGUAUCAUUAUAACCAGUGUCCGCAAAUGGGUGUUAACACAACCCGAACACUCGCGCAUUAAGUCUAAGUGCUAUUUCCUCACACUUUAGACACCAAUUGUCGACAAUAUUUAUUACACAAAUGAUUACACUAUUUAUGAAUCUG